AUGGGGUCGCAGACGCUGCAGAUCCUCCGACAGGGGGUGUGGGCCGCGCUCAGCGGGGGCUGGUACUACGACCCGCACCAGGCCACCUUCGUGAACGCGCUGCACCUCUACCUGUGGCUCUUUCUGCUGGGCCUGCCCUUCACCCUCUACAUGGCCCUUCCUUCUUCCAUGAUUAUAGUAGCAGUUUAUUGUCCUGUGAUAGCUGCUGUGUUCAUUGUUCUGAAGAUGGUCAACUAUCGACUGCACAGAGCCCUUGAUGCUGGAGAAGUGGUAGAUAGGCGUGCAAAUGAAUUCACAGAUCAGCGAGCCAAAGCUGAGCAAGGCAACUGUUCAACCAGGAGAAAAGACAGCAAUGGACCGAGCGAUCCUGGUGGAGGGAUUGAAAUGUCUGAGUUCAUUCGCGAGGCCACCCCCCCAGUUGGUUGUAGUUCACGAAAUUCUUAUGCGGGUCUAGAUCCGAGCAACCAGAUUGGAUCUGGUUCCUCUCGUCUUGGAACAGCAGCAACUAUUAAAGGAGAUACAGACACUGCUAAGACUUCUGAUGAUAUCAGUUUGAGUCUGGGCCAGAGCUCCAGUCUUUGUAAGGAAGGAAGUGAAGAACAAGAUUUGGCAACUGAUCGGAAGCUCUUUCGUCUGGUCUCCAAUGACUCCUUCAUCUCCAUUCAGCCUUCCUUAUCCUCUUGUGGACAGGACUUACCAAGGGACUUCAGUGACAAAGCAAGCCUGCCCAGUCAUAGCCAGCACCACCACGUUGAUCAGUCUCUGUCCAGUGCCUGUGACACAGAAGUCGCUUCUCUUGUACCUUUACACUCACACUCGUAUAGGAAAGAUCAUCGGCCACGAGGUGUACCACGGACUUCUAGCUCUGCUGUGGCUUUUCCUGAUACUUCACUGAAUGACUUCCCUCUUUAUCAGCAAAGACGUGGGUUAGAUCCAGUUAGUGAGUUAGAAUCUUCUAAACCUCAUUCUGGAUCCAAAGAAUCCUUGGUGGAAAAUUCUUGUUUAUCUGGGGAAUUUCAGCUUGCUGGUGACUUGAGAAAGAGUAAUUCUCAGCCACCCACAAAAAGCGGGAAGAACAAACCUUUGAAGGCAGACAAAAGCGUGGACAGCUUGAGGAGCCUGAGUACGCGGAGUAGUGGGUCCACAGAGAGCUACUGCAGUGGGACGGACCGGGACACCAACAGCACUGUCAGCAGCUACAAAAGUGAGCAGACCAGCUCAACUCACAUCGAGAGCAUCUUGUCAGAGCAUGAGGAGUCUCCUAAAGCAGGAACGAAAAGUGGCAGGAGAAAAGAGUGCUGUGUUGACGCAGAAGACCAGAGUAGUUGUGGCAGUGACAAAAGGACUAGCAGUGAAAAGACUGCUGUGGAAGUGAGUGUGAACAGUGGGGCUCCCGAGGCCAGGGACGCCAACUCCCCCGAAGAGACGCAGAGCCAGAGAAGGCUCAGCACCUCUGCCUCGGAAGAAGCCAAUAAAAAUCCCCAUGCAAACGAGUUCACUGCCCAGGGGGACAGGCCACUUGCAAACACAGUGGAAAACAAAGAGGAGCAGAGUGAUAAGUCGGUAGUUUCGGUGGAUUCAAAAGUGUGUAAAGAUGUUGGCGGAAAGCAAAAGGAAGGAGACGUUCGCCCUAAAUCCUCCAGUGUGAUCCACCGGACGGCCUCUGCCCACAAACCGGGCAGGAGACGGACAGGGAAGAAGCGGGCCAGCAGCUUUGAUGCAAGUCGGCACAGGGACUAUGUUUCCUUUCGAGGUGUUUCUGGCACCAAACCACAUAGUGCUAUCUUUUGUCACGACGAGGACUCCAGCGAUCACAGUGACCUGAGUAGAGCGUCCAGUGUUCAGUCUGCUCACCAGUUCAGCAGUGACAGCUCUUCCAGCACCACUUCUCAUUCCUGUCAGUCUCCUGAGGGCAGGUACAGCGCGCUCAAGACCAAACACUCUCAUAAGGAAAGGGGAACAGACUCCGAACACUCACACAAAGCUCAUUUGGGUCCUGAAGCAACUGGCAAAAAGCGGGCAACACGGCGGACUUCCAGCACAAAUAGUGCCAAGACUCGUGCCCGGGUGUUGAGCUUGGACAGUGGCACAGUAGCGUGUUUGAAUGAUUCAAAUAGGCUAAUGGCACCUGAAAGUACAAAACCCUUAACCACUUCCAAAUCAGAUCUCGAGGCCAAAGAGGGAGAGGUGCUAGACGAGCUGUCUUUGUUGGGACGGGCUUCCCAGUUAGAGACGGUCACUCGAUCUAGGAAUAGCUUGCCAAGCCAGGGUGCAUUUCCUGAAGGGGAAGAGCAAGAUGCAGUCAGUGGAGCAGCACAAGCCAGCGAGGAGGCGGUGUCAUUUCGCCGUGAACGCAGCACUUUUAGGCGCCAGGCAGUUCGGCGCCGGCACAAUGCAGGGAGUAACCCCACCCCUCCUACAUUGCUCAUCGGAUCACCCCUAAGCCUUCAAGAUGGUCAGCAAGGCCUGCAGUCCACAGCCCAGGUCAAAGUCCAGUCCCGCCCCCCUUCCCAGGCUGCAGUGCUCAGUGCUAGUGCCUCCUUGCUGGUGAGAAAUGGGAGUGUCCACUUAGAAGCAUCACAUGACAAUGCAUCUGCUGUAGGCGGUAGCAGUUUGCACGAUGAACUUGGUAAGUUUUCUUCUACGCUCUAUGAGACUGGUGGCUGUGAUAUGUCACUUGUGAAUUUUGAACCAGCAGCAAGAAGAGCAUCUAAUAUCUGUGACACGGAUUCUCAUGUAUCCAGUUCUACCUCAGUUCGAUUUUAUCCACAUGAUGUGCUCUCUCUCCCACAGAUUCGAUUGAAUAGACUAUUGACCAUUGAUACAGAUUUGUUGGAGCAACAGGACAUCGAUCUAAGCCCUGACUUGGCAGCUACUUAUGGUCCAACAGAAGAAGCUGCCCAAAAGGUUAAACACUAUUAUCGCUUUUGGAUACUACCCCAGCUAUGGAUCGGCAUUAACUUUGACAGACUCACACUUUUGGCCUUGUUUGAUAGAAAUCGUGAGAUCCUGGAAAAUGUGUUAGCUGUCAUCCUGGCUAUUCUUGUGGCUUUUUUGGGAUCUAUUCUGCUCAUACAAGGCUUCUUCAGAGAUAUCUGGGUCUUCCAGUUCUGCCUGGUGAUAGCCAGCUGUCAGUACUCACUACUUAAGAGUGUUCAACCAGAUUCUUCUUCUCCUAGACAUGGUCAUAAUCGUAUCAUUGCCUACAGUAGACCAGUUUAUUUCUGUUUAUGUUGUGGUCUUAUUUGGCUCUUGGAUUAUGGUAGCAGAAACCUGACUGCAAGCAAAUUCAAAUUAUAUGGAAUAACGUUCACCAAUCCACUGGUGUUUAUAUCAGCCAGGGAUUUCGUUAUAGUGUUUACACUCUGUUUCCCAAUAGUAUUUUUCAUUGGUCUUCUGCCUCAGGUGAAUACAUUUGUAAUGUACCUUUGUGAACAGUUGGAUAUUCAUAUCUUUGGUGGUAAUGGUGAGUAUUUCUUUAUAAAAAUUAUAGCUUCACACACCGAGACUAGAUUGCAUUUUGAGAGUGAGAAGGAAAAGUCUAGUAGAAGGAAGGUAAUUGAUGGAGAUAAGCCCAAGAAGGAACUUGAGGCAGAUUCUUGGGAUGGACAGCACAUUCCAGUACUUUUCUCCAUUUUUUGUGGUUUAUUGGUGGCAGUGUCUUAUCAUCUCAGUCGACAAAGCAGUGAUCCAUCUGUACUUUUUUCUUUAGUGCAAUCCAAGAUUUUUCCACAAACAGAAGAGAAAAAUCCAGAAGACCCUCUAUCUGAAGUAAAAGAUCCAUUACCUGAAAAACUGAGAAAUUCUGUUAGUGAGCGUUUACAGUCUGACCUAGUAGUAUGCAUUGUAAUUGGUGUGCUGUACUUUGCUAUACAUGUGAGCACAGUCUUUACAGCAUUGCAGCCUGCUCUCAAGUAUGUGCUGUAUGCCUUGGUUGGCUUUGUGGGGUUUGUAACCCAUUACGUCCUGCCUCAAGUUAGAAAACAGCUACCGUGGCACUGUUUCUCUCAUCCCCUGCUGAAGACAGUGGAGUAUAACCAGUAUGAAGUUCGAAAUGCAGCCACUAUGAUGUGGUUUGAGAAGCUUCAUGUGUGGCUUCUUUUUGUGGAGAAGAAUAUCAUCUACCCAUUGAUUGUUCUCAAUGAACUUAGUAGCAGUGCAGAGAAAAUUGCAAGUCCAAAGAAGUUGGAUACAGAAUUAGGUGCUUUAAUGAUCACCAUUGCCGGCUUGAAGUUGCUGCGAUCCUCGUUCAGCAGCCCCACAUAUCAGUAUGUCACAGUCAUCUUUACUGUGCUCUUUUUCAAAUUUGACUAUGAAGCUUUUUCAGAAACCAUGCUGUUGGAUCUCUUCUUCAUGUCUAUACUCUUCCACAAGCUUUGGGAACUCCUUUAUAAACUGCAGUUUGUGUAUACUUACAUCGCCCCAUGGCAGAUCACAUGGGGUUCUGCUUUCCACGCUUUUGCUCAGCCCUUUGCAGUGCCCCAUUCAGCCAUGUUGUUUAUUCAGGCUGUGGUGUCAGCCUUCUUCUCCACUCCACUGAACCCCUUUCUGGGAAGUGCAAUAUUCAUCACUUCAUAUGUUCGACCUGUGAAAUUCUGGGAGAGAGACUAUAAUACAAAACGAGUGGAUCAUUCAAAUACCAGAUUGGCUUCCCAGCUUGACAGAAAUCCAGGAUCAGAUGACAACAAUCUGAAUUCCAUCUUCUAUGAGCAUCUAACUAGAUCCCUGCAACACAGUCUGUGUGGCGAUUUGCUGCUAGGACGGUGGGGAAACUACAGCACAGGGGACUGUUUCAUCCUUGCCUCUGACUAUCUCAAUGCGUUAGUACACCUCAUAGAGAUAGGCAACGGUCUGGUCACUUUUCAGCUACGGGGACUUGAAUUCAGAGGCACCUACUGUCAACAACGGGAAGUAGAGGCCAUUACUGAAGGGGUCGAGGAAGAUGAAGGGUUUUGCUGUUGUGAACCUGGCCAUAUUCCUCAUGUGCUUUCAUUUAAUGCUGCGUUUAGCCAGCGCUGGUUAGCUUGGGAAGUGAUAGUCACUAAAUAUAUUCUUGAGGGUUACAGCAUCACUGAUAAUAGCGCUGCUUCUAUGCUUCAAGUCUUUGAUCUUCGGAAAGUACUCACCACUUACUAUGUCAAGGGUAUCAUUUACUAUGUUACAACCUCCUCCAAGUUAGAGGAGUGGCUGGCUAAUGAGACAAUGCAGGAAGGACUGCGUCUGUGUGCAGAUCGAAAUUAUGUUGACGUGGACCCAACAUUUAAUCCCAACAUCGAUGAAGACUAUGACCACCGGCUGGCAGGCAUAUCCAGGGAGAGUUUCUGUGUGAUUUACCUCAACUGGAUAGAGUACUGCUCUUCCCGGAGAGCAAAGCCACUGGAUGUGGAUAAAGAUUCAUCCCUGGUGACCCUUUGUUAUGGGCUCUGUGUUCUGGGACGGAGAGCUUUGGGGACUGCAUCCCAUCAUAUGUCCAGUAAUUUAGAGUCAUUCCUCUAUGGAUUGCAUGCCCUAUUUAAAGGAGAUUUCCGUAUUUCUUCAAUUCGAGAUGAAUGGAUCUUUGCUGACAUGGAAUUGCUAAGAAAAGUAGUAGUCCCUGGAAUUCGUAUGUCCAUUAAACUUCAUCAGGAUCAUUUCACGUCUCCAGAUGAGUACGAUGACCCCACUGUGCUCUAUGAAGCCAUUGUAUCUCAUGAAAAAAACCUCGUAAUAGCCCACGAGGGGGACCCUGCGUGGCGGAGCGCAGUCCUUGCCAAUUCUCCCUCCCUGCUUGCUCUGCGGCACGUCAUGGAUGAUGGCACCAAUGAAUAUAAAAUCAUCAUGCUCAACAGACGCUACCUGAGCUUCAGGGUCAUUAAAGUGAACAAAGAAUGUGUCCGAGGUCUCUGGGCAGGGCAACAGCAGGAGCUGGUUUUUCUGCGUAACCGUAACCCAGAGAGAGGUAGCAUCCAAAAUGCAAAGCAAGCCUUGAGAAACAUGAUAAACUCAUCUUGUGAUCAACCUAUUGGCUACCCCAUCUUUGUCUCACCCCUGACAACUUCUUAUUCUGACAGCCAUGAACAACUCAAAGAUAUUCUUGGGGGACCCAUCAGCUUGGGAAAUAUCAGAAACUUCAUAGUGUCCACAUGGCACAGGCUAAGGAAAGGUUGUGGAGCUGGGUGCAACAGUGGUGGCAAUAUCGAAGACUCUGAUGCUGGAGGUGGGACUUCCUGCACGACUACUAAUGCCACAACUGCCCAUGAUCCGCACAGCAGCAUGUCCCAGGGAAGCACUGGGAAUCCUGGGCAGGGGCCAGGAGCAGGACUCCAUCCACCUGUCACAUCUUACCCUCCAACACUAGGCACCAGCCACAGCUCCCACUCUGUGCAGUCAAGCCUGGUCCGACAGUCCCCUGCCCGGGCCUCAGUCGCCAGCCAGUCUUCCUACUGCUACAGCAGCCGGCACUCGUCCCUCCGCAUGUCCACCACGGGCUUUGUGCCUUGUCGGCGCUCUUCCACCAGUCAGAUAUCGCUUCGAAACUUGCCGUCAUCCAUCCAGUCCCGCCUGUCGAUGGUGAACCAGAUGGAGCCCUCCGGUCAGAGCGGUGUGGCCUGUGUGCAGCACGGCCUCCCUUCCUCCAGCAGCUCCAGCCAGAGCAUCCCAGCCUGCAAACAUCACGCUCUCGUGGGCUUUCUCGGGACAGAGGGAGGUCAGAAUGGUGCCAGUGAUGCACAGCCAGGCAGCACCUUGAGUCCUGCCAAUAACUCACAUCCCAGAAAGGGGGAGGUGAUUUACAGAGUCCAAAUUGUGGAUCCCACUCAAAUUCUGGAAGGAAUCAACCUGUCAAAAAGGAAAGAACUUCAGUGGCCUGAUGAGGGAAUUCGGUUAAAAGCUGGGAGAAAUAGCUGGAAAGACUGGAGUCCUCAGGAGGGCAUGGAAGGCCAUGUUAUUCACCGAUGGGUGCCUUGCAGCCGAGAUCCAGGAACUAGAUCCCACAUCGACAAGGCAGUGCUUCUGGUCCAGAUUGAUGAUAAAUACGUGACUGUCAUUGAAACUGGGGUACUAGAACUUGGGGCUGAAGUGUGAGCCAGUGUUUUAAAACUGCGCGUUUCUUUUUCCCUCUCGAUUCCAAGACGCUGGAAAAAGAGAGGAGCAAUUGGAAGAUGCCUGCAGGCAUCACUUUGCCGUCUGUGGGAGAGACUUGAAAACAGUGAGCUUGGUUCAGCACCUCUCCUUUGCCAUUCACCCUGACUCCUGUCACUGUUUCCAUCUCCAAAUAAAGCUGAAAUAUUUUUUUAAGUUAGCUGCCGAGAAAAGAUUUUGCAUGAAGGAUAAAAUUCUGUUAAAAUACAUCCUUUAAAAAAGUUUUUCCUAUGCAUUGCCUAUGCUUUAAAUCAACAAACUCUUCAUUUCUAAACUAUGAUCUCAUAUUUUUCUAAUUUCUUUGCCAAAAAUAAUUGCCAUGUUUUGUCACAGAACAUGAAAUCCAUCUACCUUGAUUUUUAAAAACAGACCAGUGUAAAAAUGUUCAGUUUGACAUAUAGCAGUAUAAAAGUUUAAUGUACAGUGAAAGAGACUAUGAACAGACAUAGAUUUAUCUUAUUCCUUGAGCGCUAAAAACUUUAAUGAAAAAAAAACUGCACUAAUUUUUUUACAACAAUGCACUAAAGUCUGAGAUUUCUCAGAACAUUUAUUUAUAUAUAAAAUAAAAUACCAUUAUUUAAAUUGCCUUUGGAAUUAACCCCUCCCCUUUCCUUAUAAACUUAGGUAGCAGAAGCUGCACUGCUCAUUUUUCUCUUAUAGUCUGUACUUGACGUGAGUAUGUUGGACGUUUUCUUUAAAAUGAAUAUGAAAUCUCAAGAUGCACACAGCUUCGUCAUUGACAUUUCCCGGAGCUACCAGUCAGUGACUCGGUCACGUGAACACCACUGCCAGCUACCGUGUCCCCAGUUCAGAGGGAGCAGCUCUGCGGGGAUCAGUUCUGGGAAGAAAACACUUCGGCUUUUCAAAGAAGAAGAUGAACAUCCAGGAAUUUAAAGAAAGAAUCAAUUGCCCUUUAUUUAUUUUUCAGAAUUCCUAGUUCUCAAAGAUAUUUACAUGCAGUUCAGUUAAUCAAGUAAACUUUUUUUCAAACACAUUU